GAAAAGACAUAUCAUUAUAAGUCGACGUGUUGAGGCAAUAUGUCGUGUUUUAUCAUUAAUUUGGUGUUUGUUUUCCUUGUACAUUUUGCAACAGCUGAUAACGAGUGUGGUACUAAUGAAGUCCUGAAGCAAAACCCAGACUGUGUAUCCGACUACUGCCCUGGUGCUGAAGAUCAGUGCACAGAUUAUCGCGAUCCCUGUGCGCCCUGUAAAUGCGGUCUUAAUUAUCGAAGAGCUGCAAAUGGAACUUGUAUAUCUACUAGAGAUUGUCCUCCAAUUCCGUGCGGCGAGAAUGAAAUUUACGACACAUGCCCCGUCUGUUCAGAAUCAUGUGCUAAUGCCGUGCCAAGUGGAAAACGCUGCCGGCAGAUAGGUAGAAUAGGGAUAACAGUAAUUUGUGACCCAAAAUGUCGUUGUAUCGACUUUUAUUGGAGGAAUGACGCAAAUAAAUGCGUUACCUACGAAGAAUGCACUCAAGAUCAAUCUGGUUGUUAA